AUGUAUCGUAGAAAAGGACUUAGUGAGGAAGAAAUUGAAAAACUUAUGAAUGAUUUAGAUAGCGAGAAUUAUGCAGAUAGUGAUUCCCACUGCUUGGAAGAAAAUGAUAUCUCCUUAUUAGAAGAAUCUUUUAAUGGAAAUGAAUCCUUAAACACAACGAAUACAUCUAAUGAUGAAAAUAAUUUACCCAAUACGAAUGCAGCUGAUAAAAAAUUUAUUUGGAAAGUGCCAGCUGAAACAGAUGAAAUUCAAGUCCACGCAUUUACUGGAAAAAAUGGAGUGAAAUCAGGAGCUGAACCCGGAUUGAAAAGAGAGAUUGAUUAUUUACAGGUUUUUCUCUCAGAAGCUCUAACCACUUUAUUAUGUGAUGAGACGAAUCGUUACAGAAACCAAACAACUGCAGCAAUAUCUUCGAUUCUCUCAAAAAAGAGGAAACAUGCUCCUGAUUGGACUGCUGUCACUACUGAAGAAAUUAAUGUAUUUUUUGGUUUAGUUCUUUUAAUGGGACAUAUAUACAAAGACUCGAUUUCUGAUUAUUGGUCGAACGAUGAACUCAUUGACACUCCCAUUUUUAGAAAAGCCAUGACUCGAGACAGAUUUCUUGAAAUUUUAAAAUACUUGCAUUUCGAGAACAACGAAUCAAAACCUGGAAAAAAUAGUAGUUAUGAUAGACUGUGGAAAAUUCGAAAAGUUUUUGAAUUAUUAAACAAUGCUUUUAAGUCGGUGUAUGAUCCAACGGAACAAUUGGCAAUCGAUGAAGUUAUUGUUAAAUUUAAAGGUAAAGUACUGUUUCGUCAAUAUAUACCAAACAAACGGAAGCAGUGGGGAAUAAAAAUGUACAAAAUAAGCGAUAAAAAUGGAUACACGUAUGAUAUGAAUGUAUAUUUAGGAAAAGAUCAGGAAAAUAAAAAGCUUUCCGCAUCCCACAAUGUGGUAACAAAAAUGGCCCAAUGUGUCAAAAACCGCGGACACAAACUAUACAUGGACAUUUUUUUUUCUUCACCAGAGCUGUUUUUAGAAUUACAUGAAGAUUUUAAAAUUAACUCUUGUGGCACCAUAAGAAAAAACAGAAAAAGUUUCCCGAAGGAAGUAAGCAAGAAAAAAAUGCAAAAAGGUGAAAUAGUUUCACGUUAUUCCUUAGGAACGACAGCAUUAUGUUGGAGAGAUAAGAGAGAAGUAUAUAUGCUCAGUAAUAUGCAUAAACCGCCAACUAAUAACGAACUGAUUGGUAACAACUCCAAACCAGAAAUUAUAAAGGACUAUAAUGAAAAUAUGGGCUUCGUGGAUCUCAGUGAUCGUAUGGCAAACAGUUAUACGUUUGGGAGACGAUCCUUAAAAUGGACGAAGAAAUUAUUUUUUCACCUCUUGGAUCUUUCUGUACUAAAUGCUUAUAUUUUAUACAAAUUAAAUCAUCCUCAAGAGAAACACAAAGAUUUCAGGAUGAAGCUAAUUCGUCAAAUGAUAGCUGCAAAUGGUUCAAAAUUAGAGAAGAAAGUUGAACGUGUAAACAAGUUUCCACGUCUUGAUAUGAUGUCGCAUUGGUCCUCUGAUGAAAAGAAACGAAGAAGAUGUGGAAUGUGCGCCAAAAAAAAUAUUCAGAAGCGUUCUACAAUAGUUUGUAAAGCAUGCAAUGUUGCGCUUUGCGUGGAUCAAAAUUGCUUUGAAGAGUACCAUUUAAGUAUGCAACAACUGAAUGCCUAA